AUGUUAUCACUAAUUUAUAUUUUGCUUCCAACGUUUUUGUCAUGUUCAUUUGCUAAAGUAACAUACUUCAAUCUUGAAAAUACGUAUGGACCCUAUUGUAAUCCGAAUAAUAAAUUUACACCAGAUGCAGGAAUAGUUCGUUAUGCUGGAACACCAUGGGUUGGUAUAUGUGUAUUAAAUAUACAAAGUUGUUGUUUGCCAGUUUUUCAAAAUGGCUCAUUAAUACCUAAUCUUUCAAUAUCAACAAGAUUUUAUUUACAUCUAGUCAUGCAACCAUUAUGUCUAACAGAAAAUGUAACUGUGAGAGCUGAAUCAGGUGAAAUGAUUACAAUUGAUUGUAAUACAAAAAAUGGUAGUGAAUAUUAUUUUGAUACAGAACAAUUAACAAUUAUAUAUGUUCGAACAGAAAAAUUACCAUUAUCAAAAUUUUCAAUGAUUGUUACACCAUUAAAACUUAAAACAAGAACGUAUACAAAAUGUGCAUUUGAUUGUUUUUCGGAUACUUACUGUAUUGAUCAAAGUCUUGUUUGUGAUCGAUAUAAAAAUUGUCCGAAUAAUGUUGAUGAAGCACAAUGUGAAUAUAGCCAUCAUCACGAACCAUUAUCAUAUCGCUCGAAAGUAAUUCUCUUUUUUGUUCUAUUGAUAAUUAUCUCAUCAGCUGUAUCUUCAAUAUUAAUUUGUUUUUUCUGUUGUGGCGUUUCUAAAAGUAAUCAUAUGAAUACUGCAAUUAAAGAACGAAGAUCAACUCAUGCAGGAGUUGAAGAAAGCGGUGCUGUGGUUACGCCACUUUUAUAUUCCUAA